GAGAGAGAGAGAGAGAGAGAGAGAACGGCCACUGGACUCCAUUAACACAAAACCCUUCAGGAGCUCCGCCGCUGGACUUUGGCGAUUUUUCCCCUCUUUUUAAGGGAACCUUCCUCAUGAUAGGAUUAAAUACGCGGCCGAAGGAAAGAAAGCGCGUAGCCUGUUGAAGUUCUGGGAAGCGAAGCGGUGUUUGUUUCGGCGUAUUUGUGAAGGAUGGCGUUGGACGGUAUACGGAUGCCGGAUGGCUGCUACGCAGACGGGACCUGGGAGCUGAAGAUGCAUGUCACUGACCUCAACAGGGACGUGUCUCUCAGAGUCACCGGUGAGAUCCACAUCGGCGGGGUGAUGCUCAAACUCGUGGAGAAACUCGAUGUGAAGAAGGACUGGUCCGAUCACGCGCUGUGGUGGGAGAAGAAGAAGACCUGGCUGCUCAAGACGCACUGGACGCUCGACAAGUACGGCAUUCAGGCGGACGCCAGGCUGCUCUUCACGCCGCAGCACAAGCUGUUGCGCCUGCAGCUGCCCAACAUGAAGCACAUGAGGGUGAAGGUCAACUUCUCUGACCGCGUCUUCAAGGCCGUGUCUGACAUCUGCAAAACCUUCAACAUCCGGCAUCCUGAGGAGCUCUCCUUACUGCGCAAGCCCCGUGACCCCAAGAAGAAGAAGAAAAAGCUAGAGGAGGCGGAGGAGGAGGCGCUGGAGCUGGAAGGACCACUGCUCACUCCUGGAUCAGCCUCUGAGAUACUAUACAUUGGACCGGUAAAAGGAAGCAUCUAUUCUAGUCCUGGACUUUACAGCAAGACCAUGACGCCUACCUAUGACUCUCGGGACGGCAGCCCUCUGUCCCCCACCUCGGCGUGGUUCGGAGACAGUCCGCUCUCAGAAGGCAAUCCCAGCAUCCUCGCUGUCAGCCAGCCCAUCACCUCGCCCGACAUCGUGGUCAAGAUGUACAAACCACAGUCCCUCCUGGACAAGGCCAAGAUCAACCAGGGGUGGCUGGACUCCUCCAGAUCACUGAUGGAGCAGGAUGUGAAGGAGAACGAGGUUCUUCUGCUCCGGUUCAAGUACCACAGCUUCUUUGACCUCAACCCCAAGUAUGAUGCCAUCAGGGUGAACCAGCUGUAUGAGCAGGCCAAGUGGGCCAUCCUGCUGGAGGAGAUCGAGUGCACCGAGGAGGAGAUGAUGAUGUUCGCCGCCCUGCAGUACCACAUCAACAAGCUGUCCAUCAUGUCUUCAGACAAUCACAUGAACAACAGCGAGAAGGAGAUCGACGAGGUCGAUGCAGCUCUGUCCGAUCUGGAGAUCACUCUCGAGGGAGGAAAGACGUCCAACACACUGGGUGACAUCACAUCCAUCCCUGAACUGGCUGACUACGUAAAAGUGUUCAAACCAAAGAAGCUCACUCUGAAAGGAUACAAGCAGUACUGGUGCACAUUCAAGGACAUCACAAUCUCCUGCUACAAGAGCCGCGAGGAGGCCCACGGCACGCCGGCGCACCAGAUGAACCUGAGAGGCUGUGAAGUCACACCAGACGUCAACAUUUCCGGUCAGAAAUUCAACAUCAAGUUGCUAAUUCCUGUAGCAGAUGGUAUGAAUGAGAUCUGGCUGCGGUGUGAUACUGAGAAGCAGUACGCUCAGUGGAUGGCAGCUUGCCGCUUGGCCUCCAAAGGGAAGACGAUGGCAGACAGUUCCUACAACUUGGAGGUCCAGAACAUUCUGUCCUUCCUGAAGAUGCAGCACAUGAAUCCCGACCCUCAGAUCAUAGAGCCCAUCAGCACCGACAUCAACCCUGAGUGUCUGGUGUCUCCACGAUACCUGAAGAAAUACAAGAGCAAGCAGCCAGGCUUUGUCAGGGACCUGAUUUCUGCCCGUAUUCUGGAAGCCCAUCAGAACGUGGCACAGAUGAGCCUCAUCGAAGCCAAGAUGCGCUUCAUACAGGCCUGGCAGUCCUUGCCUGAGUUUGGAAUCACCCAUUUUCUUGCCAAGUUUCAGGGGGCCAAGAAGGACGAGCUGAUCGGCAUCACCUACAACAGACUGAUCCGUAUGGACGCCGGUACAGGAGACGCCAUCAAGACCUGGCGCUUCAGCAACAUGAAGCAGUGGAACGUCAACUGGGAGAUUAAGAUGGUGACGGUGGAGUUCGCGGACGAGCCCAGCCUGGCCUUCAUCUGUGCCGAGGUGGACUGCAAAGUGGUGCACGAGUUCAUCGGCGGCUACAUCUUCCUGUCCACGCGCGCCAAGGACCAGAACGAGUCUCUAGACGAGGAGAUGUUCUACAAGCUGACCAGCGGCUGGGUCUGAGCGCCGCCGCCGCGCUCGCUCUCACGCUUCUCCUUCUUCUUCUUCUUCAUCUCUUUUUAACCGCUCCGUCGUGGCCGCAUCGUAAUUCACGUGUUUUUCUUUUAUUCAGUUUAUGCGCGUUCAUAACACUAGCAGACAUGAAGCUCUGCCUCAGCAGAGCCGUUUACCGCUCCCCUCCAGAAGUCGUUAGUUUGAGACGAAGUUGCUACACACGACCUCUGACCCUACGCCAAUUAUUUAUUUGUCACUAAUUCACGCCGCGUCUCUCUGUCGAAUGUGCGCUGCUCGUUUGUGCCCAUCAAUCUGUAAUGAUGGCGGUCGCUUCAAAGUGACGUCGUAGAGAAGGAAAUGUUACACUAGCUUUAACGCCGCUGCUCCUGAACGCUAUCGACCGAUGAGUAAAGACGCUACGCUUCGGGUCGCUAGUCUUUAAUUAAAAAAAAAAAAAAAAAAAAAAAAACCCAAUCGUUUAGGUCCUUUCUAAGCACUUGGAAAAUAAGCUGUCGUUUGAUUACAUGUAAUAACGCCGAUAUUUUUGUACGCUAUGAAGGAGAGUCGUCCACUUUUUUUGUAGCAGCUUGCGGCGCGAGAACGUUUCUGAACCCGGGCUGCUCUCGAAGGUCAUCGAAGUUUCUUUUUAUUAUGAAGUCUGUCGUUUUAUUCAUCACUCUUUAUCGUGAACCAGUAUAGUAUUAUUCAAAAGCCUUUCUUUAAUACGCACCAGCGAUAGGUCACAAACCAUGCAAUUCCCUUUGUUUUAUUAUUUUUUUUUUCCAAAAUGAAGGAUCGCUAAAUGAAGUAUUAAUUUGUUUCGUUUUUUUUUUUUUGUAUCUAAUGUAAAAAAACAGGUUUUAAAAACAACAUUGUACAGUUUUGUUGCUGCUUUUUUCUGUCGUUUUUUGGAAGUCUAUUUUUUUGUUUGUUUUCCAGAAGAGAGGGGAAAAAAGCCAUUUUUGUUGACAUCUAUGGAUUGGUGCCCGUCGAUCUUAAGGACUUUUAGAAAUCUAUAUAUAAGUGCAUAUGAAGAAUUGCUCCUGGCUGGAAUAAACUCGUGCAGAUCGUGGCAUCCUCGUGAUGGUUUGAUUUAGUUUUUCUGCUGCUCUCUGAGCGUGCUCCACACACUCCAUCACUAAUGAAGCGCAGCAGAAUCGCUCUUUCUGUGCCUUUCAGCGCGUCACUUCCCGUCAGUAUUGUCUCCUGAUGUUUCUCCGUAUGAAGGUGAUUUCGCAGCCAGAAAUGAAGAUUAUUAUUAUUAUUAUUAUUUUUGGUUUGAUUUUUUUUUUUUUUCUCUCUCUCUCAGAUGCCAGCAGUGCGUUGCAUGGCCUGCUGUUUUAAGAUUGUAAAAAUGCCAUUUACCUGACAAAUAAAUAAAUAAAAUCAUUUUUAUUUAAAAUCACAA